AUCGCCUAAACGUCAAUUAUGUCAACUUUACCAAUCCUUCAACCCCGUCUCAUUUUAGGCUUAAGAACUGAUGUUAAAGGCAACGCCCAAUUCAUCACCGACGAAGAAAUCAUCUACCCCGUGGGGGCAGUUUUGACCAUCCACAACCUCAACCAAAAACGCCAAAAAUACAUCAAACUCGCUGAUAAGGGCAAAAACGUCACUGAAAUUGUAGUCAGUCCUAACAAAAAGCUGGUGGCAGUAGUCGAAACGGGGGAAAAACCCUUCAUAACCCUUUGGUGUCCUUUGACAUACAAAAAGAAACGCCAAAUUAAUCUCCCAACUGAUAAGGAAACUCUAUCUGAGAGGUUUACAGCAGUUGCGUUUACUUUUGACUCGAAAUACUUGGUUUGUGUGAGUGGGGAGCCUGACUGGACCUUGUACUACUUCAGAUGCGAUAAGGGCAAACUUGAAAGCAGUGCUAGGGCUAAUAAUAUAAGCAAUACGGGGUAUGUGAGGCAGAUUGCUUGCAACCCCAAUGAUGCUAAUCUCUUAGCCCUUGUCGGGGAUGGGCUAAUCCGAAUUUUGGCCUGCACUGACUACACGUGGAGACAAUACGGGUACAGUAAAGGGGACCAAUGGAACUUCACCUCAGCUGUGUGGUUAACUCAAGACAGACUUUUAGUGGGGACCCUCGAUGGCCGGCUUUUAGUCAUAGAAAGUGGAGAAUUAAAAUUUGUUUUUUCGGCCGCUGAUCUAGCAGUCAUGGACUUGAAACCAAAAGACGAACUCCAGCAAUCGUCCCAAACCAGUCUCAAAGUCCUCAGUGACGAUCUAAUCGACUCCAAGGAGGAUUACAGCAUCCGAUCCUUAAUCCAAUUCCCUCGAGGCUUCGCAUUCGGUUACUUGACCGGAACUGUACAUUUGUACGAAAUGGAAACACCUCACAAGUUCAUCAAAAGGAAUAUUUUCAAAAUCCCUGAUCAUACCAUAACCCGGGAAUACGAGGAAGAAGACGAGGGAAAAAUCACAAUCGUUAAUUGCGUUGCAAUUAACCCAACCCAAGGCAAACUGAUGGUCACUUGUAAGGAGAGUCAGAUUUACCAAGCGACUCUUUGGAUGCAAGACUCUGCAAUUACCACCGCUGUGGAGAGUUGGUUUACCGAAUAUGGGUCUGCCCUGCAUAAUGGACCCAUUGGGUCCAUGGCGGUGUGCAAUUGGAAGCCCAUUUUGCUCACAGCCGGUCGCAAUGACCGAACUUUGAAAAUCUGGAACUAUGAAACAGAGGAAUUAGAGUUGAUGCAAAAGUUUCAAGACGAUUUGUAUGGAGUUGCAUUGCAUCCAAGUGGGCUUUAUGCCAUUGUUGGGUUUUCGGAUAAGUUGCGAUUUUUGACUGUCAUGAUCGAGGAGUUUGAAAUGACUAGAGAGUUUAACAUUCGAGUGUGCAAAAUGUGUGUCUUUAGUAAAAUGGGUUAUUUGUUUGCUGCCGCCAAUGGGAAUGUUAUUCAAAUUUACUCGACGAUUACUUUCGAAAUGUUGUAUAAUUUGAAGGGGCACAAUGGGCGGAUUUUUGACAUGUCUUGGACUGCUGAUGACCGGAAAAUGGCCUCGUGUGGAAGUGAGGGGGCUGUGUAUGAAUGGGUCGUUCAGGAUUCGAAGAGAUUAUCUGAAACAAUAAUGAAACAAUGCGAAUUUAAAGGAGUUGCAAUUACCACUGAUGGAAGAUCAAUUUUUGUUGUUGCAAAUGAUGGGCAUAUCAGAGAGUUGAUGAAUUCGAAUGUUCAUAGAGAUGUAUUGGUCACAACGGCCGGUUUGGACUCAAUGGUGUUGUCAAAAAUCGACCAAAUGCUUUUCGUGUCUGGGAAUGGAGGAACUGUCUACAAUAUUAAGUUGCCAUUGUUGGAAAAAGCAGAGUAUCAUGAGUAUAGCAUCCAUGCUGAUGUUGUCACACAAAUGUUGGUGUCUUAUGAUGAUAAGUAUCUCUUUACUGGUUCAGAUGAAGGAACGAUUUGUUUUUGGAAACUGUUAAAUACUGAAGGGAAAGCUAUUAAAAUGGAUAAGGAUUUUCAGCCGUCCAAGGAUAUCCUCAUUUCGCGUCAAAUUCUUGAAGAACGAAUUGCCCAAACGAAGAAUCUUCAAAUGAGAUUGAAAGAACUUGAGUCGGAAUAUGCGUAUCAGUUGCGUCAAAACGACGUCGUUAACAGUUUGAGGAUGAAGGAGAUUCAUUCCGGGUAUUGUCAAGCCAUCGAGGAAUUAAAAGAAAAAAACGAACAACUCGAAAAUGAUCACGUGCAAGAGAUCCACAACAUCAACCUCGACAUCAAACAGAUGAAAUUGGACCAUGAGGAGUUUGUGCGCGAAUUGGAGGCCAACUACAACGAGAAAUUAAUUUUCGAAUAUGAAAAAUACCUGCGAUUGGAGGAGAAAAUGGAAAAGAUGCGACGUUACUACGAGAAAGAAUUGGACGAUUUGAGGAAAGCUAAGCAAGAAUCGGAGGAGAAAAUCACAAAUGGUUUUCUCGAAAAGUUGGAGGAGAAACAAAUGCAGUUUGAGGAGUUGGUUGAGCAAACUGCGCGUAAAACUAAAGCCCACGAAUUGAUCAAGCAACAAAUAGAGGAAGAUGCCGACCGAGAAAUUUACGAAUUGAAGGCGGCUCAUGCCAAAGAACUCAAAGAAGAGCAAGAGUUGAAUGUGAAGAUUCGAGGAGAAACGGCGAUUGUGAAGAAGAAAUUGAUUUCUUCGCAGAAAGAAAUUGACGAGUUGAAGAGUAAAGUCUAUACUUUGGAUCACGAUCACGCCAAAUUGAAGAAAACUAUCAUCAAUCUUGAGAAAGAUAUCGUCGAUUUGAAGAAGGAAAUCUCGGAACGAGACGCCACCAUUCAAGAUAAGGAAAAACGCAUCUUUGAUUUGAAACGGAAGAAUCAAGAAUUGGAGAAGUUUAAGUUCAUUCUUGACUUCAAGAUUAAAGAGUUGAAGUCACAAAUCGAGCCUCGGGAACAAAUGAUUCAAGAACAAACCGAACAAAUCAAUGCUAUGGUCAAAGAACUCGAGAAUUUGCAAAGAGUUAUCUUGAGUCUUGAUUUACAACUCCACGAGUUGAGAGAAAAACUCUACGCGUCAGAUUCCGAAGUGAAGAAACAAAUCGCGAAGAAUGCAGCAAUGAAUCGCGCUUUGAAGAAAAUUAAAACUGACAUUUUUCUCGCAAGUGGUCAAAUUCAAAAUGUUCCACUUUUAAUAAAAACAGUGAAGGAAAUGUACCACAAGUUUAACAUCGAUGAAGAUUUUGAACUGACUCAAGCUGAAGAUACAGAAGUGAAGAGCGAGUUUUUGAGACAGAGGGAGUUUUUAGAGAGAACUGUGUCAAGUCUUCAGAUGCAAGUCAAUAAAAGUACGUCGACUUUAAGUUCCGAUAAAGUGAAAUUGACUGAAGAAAAUGCCGUUUUGUUGGUCGAGACCAACAUGUUGAGGAAGCAACUUAAAGACGAGCAAAGAAGAAAGGACAAAUUGCAGUCGAUUCUGGGAGUGAAUCAAAAGUAUUUGCCCCCGAAGGUCGCAAUGGAGAGAGUGCAAAAUGCCACAGCGACUAGGGAAGAAAUCAGAAAGGAGUACAAGAAGACGAUUGAGGACAAUGAGAAGAGUAUGCAAGCCUUGAGGGAGGAAAAUGACCGACUUUUGAAUAAAAUUCUAGUGGAAGCGAGUAACACGACUGAAAUGUCGCCAGGAGGUGAAUUGUCAAUACAGGAUGAACUAAAUAAGACGUAUAAUCAAUAAAUCAA